AUGCCUUCCGUGGUGGCUCCUCCUCAAACAAUGCCGAUUGCCAUAAUUGGAAUGAGUUGCAAAUUCCCCGGGGAUGUAACUACACCGGAGAAGCUGUGGCAGGUUUGUGCCAAUGGCCGCAAUACUUGGUCGCAGACAAAGGAAUCCCGCUUCAACUUGGACAGAUUCUAUCACCCACAGGGAGACAAGAUAGGCAGUACCAACGCAAAGGGGGGUCACUUUCUGGACGAAGAUGUAUCUCUUUUUGAUGCUUCGUUCUUCAACUAUACUGCUGAAGUGGCAAAUGAUAUGGAUCCGCAACUCCGCAUGCAACUUGAAUCUGUUUACGAAGCUAUGGAAAGUGCGGGUAUCACUAUCACACAGAUGGCCGGGAGCGUAACAUCCGUGUUCUCUGGCGCGUGUUUCAGAGACUACCACGACAGUCUGAUGCAAGAUGCCGACAACAUCCCCAGGUACUUUCUAACAGGAAACGGUGCUGCCAUGUUUUCCAAUCGCAUUUCCCACUUCUUUGACCUUCGCGGGCCCAGUUUGACGGUGGAUACGGGCUGUUCAACUAGUCUGGUAGCUCUACAUCUAGCAUGUCAAAGUCUACGGUCAGGAGAAUCGAAGAUGGCUCUAGUCGGAGGUGCUAAUAUCAUGUUGAAUCCUCACAUGUUCAUUUCUCUGUCAAACCUCGGAUUUCUAUCCGACGAAGGAAAGUCCUAUUCUUUUGACAGUCGUGCCUCGGGCUAUGGGCGUGGUGAUGGUAUUUCUAGUCUUGUACUCAAGCCACUUUCCGAAGCCGUCCGUGAUGGCGAUCCAAUCCGUGCUGUAAUUCGGGAAACCGCUGUGAAUCAGGAUGGAAAGACUUCUACCAUCACAUCUCCAUCACAGGAGUCUCAAGAAGAUUUGAUUCGCACUUGUUACUCUCUCGCCGGGUUAGAUCCUUUGGAUACAGCUUACGUUGAGGCUCACGGAACAGGAACGAUUGCCGGCGACCAGACAGAGGCAAAUGCAAUUGGUACGGUAUUUGGUGAGCAUCGUUCACUUGAUGAUCCACUGUUUAUCGGGUCAAUCAAGGCAAAUCUUGGUCACAUGGAAAGUGCCAGCGGUCUUGCGUCUAUUAUCAAAACUUGCAUGAUGCUGGAACGGGGUUUGAUUCCCCCUAGUGCCAGCUUUGAUGUUCCAAAUUCGGCUAUCGAUUUUCACAGCCUGAAACUGCAAGCUCCUGUCGCACUUACUACCUGGCCAAGCCACAAACCUCGACGUGUGUCGAUCAGCAACUUCGGAUACGGAGGUACCAAUGCUCAUGUGAUCAUUGAAGAUGGUUAUCAUUGCCGUCCAUGGGGAUCGAUUCAUGUUCAGAAUUUUGGACACGGGAGUGUUGAAAUCAAUGGAUUGGCGGAUACUCUUAGAAACUUCACUCUCUCCUCCGACGAAACCAGCCGACACAUCUUCGUGCUUAGUGCCAAGGAGGAAAUUACUGCAAAGGCGAUGGUGGAAAACUUGAUUAGCUACAUCCAGAAAAUGCGAAGGGCUCCCACAUGGAGCCUGGCUGAUCUUUCCCAUACACUAACGAAAAGACGUUCCGAUUUCCGAUGGCGAGUUGCUAUUUCAGCCCAAACCUUGAAAGAAGUCAUGGACGGUUUUACGGAUCCUCGAACAAGUCCAGUUUUAUCCGUGCACCCUCCUCGAGUGGGAUUUGUCUUCACCGGACAGGGUGCCCAGUGGUUUGCCAUGGGCCGAGAGUUGAUGUCAACCUAUCCAACAUUCUUGAGAUCCCUAAAAGAGGCUGACUCUUGUCUUGGCGAACUGGGGGCUUCUUGGGGGCUUGUAGGCAGGGAUGAGAAGACCACCAAAAUCAAUGAGCCAUAUUUGAGUUUCCCGCUAUGUGUGGCCAUUCAGAUAUCCCUUGUUCGUCUUCUAGUAUGUUGGGGAGUCUCACCCACUGCCGUGACAGGUCAUUCUAGCGGGGAGAUUUCCGCUGCUUAUGCUGCCGGCGCUCUCACCUUCAGGGAAGCCAUGGUCUGUGCUUACUUCAGAGGUUACCUUUGCAACAGUCUUCUGGAGGCUUCCGAUCGCCGUGGUGGUAUGCUCGCUCUUGGCGAUGGAAAGGAAGUGGCUGGCAAGUAUCUGCAGCGUGUUUCAUCUGGUAGAGCCAUGAUUGCCUGUUUCAAUAGCCCGUCGAGUGUGACUAUUUCAGGGGAUGUUGAUGCCAUUGAUGAGAUAGAAGCAAUGGCUGCAGCGGAUGGUAUUUUUGCUCGCAAACUGAAGGUAGGAUGUGCCUAUCAUUCACAUCACAUGAGCCCAAUGGCUUGUGAAUACGAAAGAAUCUUGAGCCAGCACCUCCAAGUGGGUGGCAGCUUUGAUGGCAUCUUGUUUUCUUCGCCCGUGACAGGAGGUUUGCUGGAAUCUGCCCGCGAACUAGGCCCAGCACAUUGGGUGGACAACAUGACAAAACCAGUCUUGUUCGAAAACUCCCUACGCGAGAUGAUAAUUGGAGGAGAAACAAAAGAGCAGAAUAUCGACAUGCUCAUCGAAAUAGGUCCACAUGGAGCAUUAGGUGGACCUAUUCGACAGAUACUGAGUCUACCUGGACUGGAAAAUCUGGAUAUCCCCUAUGCUACGUGCUUAUCUCGGGGGCAAGAUGCUGUUAAGACGAUGCAAGGUGUUGCGUGUCUACUAAAAGUUAGAGGCUAUGAUGUGAAUUUAGAAGCCGUCAGCUUUCCCACCGGCUCCAAAGUGCGGCGUGUCAUUUACGACCUGCCUGCAUACCCUUGGAACCAUUCAGUUGGCUACUGGUACGAGUCGCCACUUCAUAAAAGAGAGCGGGUGUGUGAGUAUGAGGCCCAUGGCCUUCUUGGAACUCGACUAGUCGGAUCAGUCCCAACGGAGCCUACAUGGCGCCACCGCAUCCGUGUGUCAGAGAUGCCAUGGCUGAGAGAUCACUUGCUCCAGUCUCAGAUGGUUUUUCCUGGUGCAGGGUUUGUGGCAUUGGCCAUUGAGGCAUUUUCACAAAUAUACCCAACAGUGUCAGGCUCACAGGGUGGCUAUGAGCUACGAGAUGUCGAACUCUUAAAAGCUCUUGUUAUUCCUGAUACUACGGAGGGGAUUGAUCUCCAGCUACUCAUUCGAAAGGCCGAUGAUGAAAAUCUGAAUUUUAAGAAGGGAGACAAGUUCCAUGUCUAUUCCCUAAGCCUCGAAGGAGUGUGGACUGAGCACUGUAGAGGAUUUAUAUGUGCAAGCUCAGAGACGGCGAAACAAAUCAAUCAAUCUUCCUUGCUGAGCCAAGAGAUCAGCCAUGGCGGUCACCAUUUGAGGAAGAUCAGCCCGAAGCACUACUACAACUCGCUUCAAGACAUUGGCCCUACGUUUGGCCCUUUGUUUCGAAAUUUGCAGGACAUUCGAGCCACUGAAUCAAUGUCCCUUGCCACAUUUUCCGUGCCGGAAAUCGCUUGCAACACCUCACUAACGCACAAAUCCGACCUUUUGAUUCAUCCAAUUAGUUUGGACACGGCCUUUCAUGCGGUUUAUUCGGCUAUACCUCUCGCCAAACUGAAGCAGAUGGGCCUUACGAUCCCGAUCUUUGUCAAAAGCCUAUAUGUCUCCUCCGACUUGAAAAUCAUUCCGCACUCCAUUUUCAAAACCUCAGUGCAUGUUGAUAAGACAACUUCCGAAGGAUUCGAAGCCUCACUGGAUGUGACAGUAGACGGCGCCACUCCGCCAACUGCCCUAAUCAAGGUUGAAGGGAUGCUGUGCCGGUCAAUUGACCGGGAACCCAUUGAAAAUCAUGAGCUUGAUCCAACUCUUUGUUUAAAGACCACAUGGGGAGGUCAUCUUUCAUUUUUGACGAAGGAUAAAUUGCACUACCAGCUGGCCGCAAAGAUGGACCCGAACGAGUCAGUGAUUAUGGGAAACCUGGCCCGAGCUGUCUUUUACAUAUCAGAAGAGGUUCUCCAAUCACUCACCGAAGAAGAUCAAUCCAAGCUAGAGUGGCACCAUAAACGCUUAUUUGACUGGAUGAAACACGCCCACGAAUCAUCUCCUGUCAAAUGGAGUCUUUCAACCCCCGAGGAGAAAAAUUCCUUGCUUGAGGAAGUGUCAAGCCAGAGUAUCAACGGAGAAAUGCUUUGUCGAGUGGGCGCUAAGAUGAUGUCGAUUCUCCGAAAGGAAGUCGAGCCACUUACUUUGAUGAUGGAAGAUAGCCUUCUUGAUCGGUACUAUGAGAAUGCAUUAAAGCUGCGUCGAUCCCUUGACCAGGUUGAGAAGCUGGUCACGUUAUUCGCUCACACCAACCCUCGGUCGAGGGUGCUUGAAAUCGGCGCAGGAACUGGCGUGUGCACCGCUCCUGUCCUCCGAGCGCUGGGUGCAGCCGACGAAAACAUGCCAAACCCCAAGCUCGCCCAGUAUGACUUCACCGAUAUCUCAGCAGGCUUCUUUGAAGCAGCCCGAGAGAGAUUUGGGUCGUUGAAUGGACGAAUGAACUAUUUGAAGCUCGAUAUCGAAGAAGACCCAGAAAGUCAGUCCUUUAAAAUCGGCACUUACGAUCUUGUCGUGGCCUGCCAGGUUCUCCAUGCUACCAAAAACAUACAAAGGACCAUGCAAAAUGUCCGAAAGCUACUAAAACCCGGUGGCCGCCUGAUUUUGGUGGAGAGCACACAAGACGAAGUGGACAUCCAAAUGGUUUUUGGAACUCUUCCAGGAUGGUGGUUGAGCGAAGAGCCCGAGAGAAUGCUUUCUCCAACGCUCACGGUGGAUUCCUGGACGUCACUUCUCGAUAGAUCUGGAUUUGGAGGACUAGACAUUGAAGUCGGCGACUGCGAGAAUCGACAGGAGUAUGUCAUGAGUGUCAUGAUGGCGACUGCCAGCGUUGAGCUUGAGUCCCCGCCCCGAGCCAAUAUCGCCGUCAUUCUUCCCUCGAAACAAGCGCCUCCACCAGAAUGGGUAAAUGAUCUCACACAGUUGAUUCAAACAACAACCCUCUUAGAUUGUUCGGUUCAUUCCAUGGGCCAGCCCGAGAUCCGGGCAGAUGCUUUCAUAUACUUGGGUGACCUUGAUCAACCCAGUCUGAACCAAUUGACAGUGGAUGAAUUCCAUAACCUAAAAUCCCUUAUUGGAGCAAGUCAAUAUGCCCUUUGGAUCACCAGAGGGGGUGUUAUGAACUGCGAGUCUCCUUUAUCUGCUCUGGUCACUGGGUUUCUCCGAACGUUGCGUUUGGAAGAUCCCAGCAAGCGUUAUAUAUCUCUGGACUUGGAUCCGGUCUCUGAUUCUUGGACUCCGCAAGCCACCAGAGCAAUUGUCCAAAUCCUAAAGAACACUUUUGCUGAUUCCUGGAAGGUGCAAAGAACGGAAUACGAAUUUGCGGAGCGGCAAGGUCAGAUUCUUGUGCCUCGAAUUUGCGAGGACUACGAGCAAAAUCUGGCUAUAGCAAAGCAGAUAUCGGAACCCGAGACCCAAGCUCAAUGCUUCCACCAAAAAUCCACAUACCUUCGAUUAGAGGCAAAAUCCCCCGGCAACCUGGAUAGUCUGGUUUUCAGCGGUGGACCCGAUCCACUACUUGCCGAUGGCAUGGUGGAGAUUAUACCACACGCAUUUGGGCUCAACUUCCGGGAUGUGCUUGUUGCCAUGGGCCAGAUGCAAGAAGGAUUCAUGGGUUUUGAAUGCACAGGCGUUGUCAUUGCGGUGGAUGAAGCUUCUACCCACAAAUUCAGAGUUGGGGACAGGGUGUGUGCCUUGAUGACAGCAGGACAUUGGGCAAAUCGAGUGCAGGUUCCUUCGACCUCCGUCGCACAUCUGCCAGAUGACAUGCCUUUUGAACUGGGAGCCUCAAUUCCAAUGAUAUACAUCACCGCUUAUCACGCCUUGAUAGAAAUCGCGCAUCUUGAGAAAGGUGAGACAAUUCUAAUUCACGCCGCGGCAGGAGGUGUUGGUCAGGCCGCGAUAAGUCUUGCACAACACAUUGGUGCCGAGAUUUUUGUCACCGUCGGCUCUCCAAAAAAGCGUGACUUCGUGCAUAAUACCUAUGAGAUCCCCUUUGACCACAUUUACUCCAGUAGGGACACUUCCUUCGCGCAAGGAAUCAUGUCAAUUACCAACGGUAGGGGAGUUGAUGUCAUAUUGAAUUCGCUGUCUGGGAAGCUCCUCCAGGCAAGCUGGGAUUGUAUUGCGAUGCUAGGUCGCUUUGUGGAGAUCGGGAAACGAGACAUCCAGCAAAAUCGUCAGCUUGAAAUGGCGAACUUCGGUCGUUCAGUUUCCUUCUGCGCUAUGGAUUUAGUGCACCUUGGGAACUACAAAGGCGAGAAGGUUUCUCGCAUCCUGAGGACCGUCCUUCGAAUGAUUGAAGAAGGAGAUAUCAGUCCGCGUACGCCGAUCACCACGUUUUCUAUUUCAGAUCUCCCUCAAGCAUUUCGCACCAUGCAAGCAGGCAAGCACAUUGGCAAGAUCGUGGUGAAGGCGGAUACAGAAGAUCGGGUGAAUGUAAUUCCUCGGCGCGAUGGAAUUCUCUUUUCCCCGGACAGCUCAUACCUCAUAGUGGGCGGCUUGGGUGGCAUUGGACGUUCCUUGGCGCAGUGGAUGGCUCAAAGAGGAGCCAAAUUUAUUAUUCUAGCCUCAAGACAUGCGCAGAGUUCAGAUUUCGAUUCAUUCCUAGAAACCUUCCGCGGGACAGGAACGGUUUGUGUGGCGCGGCAAUGUGAUGUUUCAAACGCAUCAGACAUCCAGCACAUGGUCCAACAGACCGAGGAUGAGAUGCCGCCGAUAAGAGGUGUGGUACACGCGGCUAUGAUUUUGCAAGAUGCCUUGUUUGAAAAUAUGACCUACGCGCAAUGGGAAUCGGCUUUGAAUCCCAAGGUGAUUGGCAGUCUCAACCUCCAUGACCAGUUUCAAAGUCCGGACCUUCAGUUCUUUAUUACCUUAUCCUCCGCGACCGGUAUCCUAGGAAAUCCAUCCCAGGCGAACUAUACCGCAGGAUGUACGUACCAGGACUCACUUGCCAACUACCGUGCCGCUAGGGGCCUUCCUGGCAUAUCGAUAAAUCUCGGCAGCGUGAAGUCGGUUGGUGUCGCGGCUAACCAAGAGGGUGUUGCCGACCAUCUGGAGAGAGUAGGGUUCCGUGCCCACGAAGAAGAGGAGAUUCUACAUCUCUUCCAGGCAGCCAUCCAUCGCCCACUGCGGAAACCAGGUUCGGCUCAGAUCUUGAGCGGGAUUGCACCAUUCUCCAAUCAUGAGGACCUUUCCUGGAGAAAGGAAGCUCGUUUUGCUGGCCUAUUGCGGUAUAAGAGCUCUGAUUCGGCUUUGCAAAGACAUGGCACCAGCGAUAAUAUUUCGCUCAAAGAAGGUUUGACUUCUAGCAGCUCACGCUCAGCUGCUGUGGAAUUCAUCAAUCAUGCCCUUAUAGUCAAGCUUUCUAGCUUGUUCAUGAUUCCAGAGUCAGACAUCAGCAUUCAGUUGCCGUUAGCAGAAUAUGGUGUCGACUCCCUGGUCGCAGUGGAGUUGCGCAGCUGGAUUGUCCAAAGCGCCGGGGCCGUUAUCAGUGUCUUCGAUUUAACUACGAGUCAGUCGCUCUCGGCAUUGACUGGGACAAUUGUGGAUCAAAUUUGGUCUAAGACGGAGUGA